GGAUCGAUCGAUCUGUCAAUGUCAAAGGUAAAGCAACUAUACAAAACGCCUCUUUAAUAUUUUAAAUAAAAUCUUGUGUUUUCCGGAAAAAGUUGUACUUCGACAUCGAAUUAAUGUGUUAUUGUAUAACUAAUUAACAGCAGUUCAAAAUGCCGUACGCAAAUCAGCCUUCUGUGCAUAUCACAGAGUUAACAGACGACAAUGUAAAGUUUGUUGUUGAAGAUACAGAACUCAGUGUAGCAAAUAGUAUGCGACGCGUAUUCAUAGCGGAGACUCCAACGAUGGCUAUUGAUUGGAUUCAGUUAGAAGCAAACUCAACCGUGCUUAGUGAUGAGUUUCUAGCUCAUCGCAUCGGCCUCAUACCGCUCAUUUCCGAUGAUGUAGUUGACAAAAUACGCUAUUCCAGAGAUUGCAUGUGUGCCGAUUUUUGUACAGAAUGUAGUGUGGAAUUCACAUUGGAUGUAAAAUGUACAGAUGAUCAGACUAGGCAUGUUACAACUGCUGAUUUGAAAUCCAGUGAUCCCAGGGUGGUUCCUGUCACUUCUCGACAUAGAGACGAAGAUCAAACUGAUUAUGGAGAAAUCGAUGAGAUACUUAUAAUUAAAUUACGUAAAGGGCAAGAACUGAAACUGAGAGCUUAUGCUAAGAAAGGUUUUGGAAAGGAGCAUGCUAAAUGGAACCCAACUGCGGGAGUUUCUUUUGAAUAUGACCCAGACAAUAUUAUGCGGCACACAUUGUAUCCCAAGCCUGAUGAAUGGCCCAAGAGUGAACACACAGAACUGGAAGAGAAUCAGUUUGAAGCGGAGUUUAAUUGGGAAGCUAAACCUAAUAAAUACUUUUACAAUGUUGAAUCAUCCGGAGCUCUGAAACCAGAAAAUGUUGUCCUCAUGGGGAUUGUAGUAUUGAAGAACAAGUUGCUAAAUCUUCAAGUACAAUUAGCACAAGAAGCACAUAAUGAUGCUUUAGCAAUUAAUUAAUAUUUAAGAUCAAUAACAUGAAAUGAAAUAAAAGUAUUAUUUGUGUA